AUGACUUCUUCCGACGUUCGCGAUGUUCUCAACUUGGGGGAUGGAACUGCUGGCCCCCGGCCAAGCAAGAAGCAAAAACUUGCCGCGCCUAGACCAAAUUUGAAGGGUCUGGCGCGUGAAGUACAAAACCUUGGCGGCGACAACCCUAUUGCCAUAGUCCCUGAAGUCACACAUUUCAAGAAGCGACGAUUUACGAGCCGGAAACCUGCUGCGAAAUGGGAAAUGCGACCUUUCAAAAUCUCGGCGCGCGCCGACUCGAACUUGACUUUGCGACACUGGAGGAGAAAGGAUGAGAAGCUAGAGGGAAACUACGAAUCACAAGAACAAACGAGUCAAGGAGACCAACCACAACCACCAAAGGAGCUUGAGGAUUCCGCCUUUGCAAAAUACAAUGUGCAGGUUUCGGUACCACAGUACAGCGAGGGACAGUAUCAACAGUCGCUACAACAUGCUGACUGGACUAAGGAGGAGACGGAUUAUUUGCUGGAGCUAGCACAAGAUUUUGACCUUCGAUGGCCUUUGAUAUGGGAUCGCUACGAAUGGAACCCUCCAGCCACCAACGGGGAGGCUGAUGAUGACGGCGACGAGAGUAAGGCUAUCGUGCCUGCAACAAGGUCGCGGACCCUGGAAGAUCUCAAAGCACGGUAUUAUGAAGUCGCAUCCAAAAUGAUGGCAGCGCAGAAGCCUGUGCAGUACAUGACACAACCGGAGUUCUCUCUACAUGAGCUCAUGGCACACUUCAACCCUCAACAGGAGAAGUUGAGAAAGGAGUUUGCACUGAACGCAUUGACACGAUCACGCGAGGAAGCACGCGAAGAAGAGUCGCUCUUGCUCGAGAUUAAGCGCAUCCUAGCACGCAGCGAACGAUUCAACGACGAGCGUCGUGAGUUGUACAACCGUCUUGACUAUCCUCGAUCGGACACGGACAUCAAUGCCUUCAAAUCCUCUGCCGGUCUACAGAAUCUCUUGCAGAACCUGAUGACUGCUGACAAGACCAAGAAGCGUAAAUCGCUAAUGCCUGGCGAUGCCAAUAGUCCUGCUGGUACGGUGCCCCCGCAAACUGCAGCCGCUGCUUCUGCUGCUGCUACAGCCGCCGCCGCCCAAGAGGCUGGAAGACGUGAAAGCACAGCUGCAUCUACUGGCCCCCGUGAAUCUACUGGGCCUGCUCCUACUCCGGCAGCUGCAAACAAUAAGAAAGGCCAACAACAGCAACAAGAGCGACGUAAGCUUACAACGCAAGAGGAGUUGUUAUAUGGUGUCACCCAUCACGACCGACUGGGCUCUGGACCAACUUUCCGGACCGAGAAAAUCAACAAGUUGUUCUCGCACAAGUCGAACCAGCAGCAGAUGCGCAUCACGAAUGUUCUCAACGAACUGGACGUACCUAAUAAACUCAUUAUGCCUACUGCAGCGACUACGCAUCAAUACGAACAGCUUCUUGCCGCAGUUAACAGUUUGCUUGAUGCCCGUAAGGUCUCGGACAAGCUUGAUCAGGAGAUCAAGACGGAACAGGCAAAGAAGGCCGAACGACAAAAAGCUAUGGUACCCCCUGAAUCCGAGUCAACAGCAGAAAAUGACAAGACCGACCAAGAAAAGAAGGAAGGGGAUGACGCAGAAGCUCCCGCCGCCGCUGCUACUGUUGAAACAAGCAAGGAGGAAACAAACGGUGGCGCCACAUCGGCGGCCGAAGAUGCGAGCAAGGGUGCUUCGGAAACACCAGGCCUCACCUCUGAGGCCCUGGACGCCUCAACUGAGGAAGCCGAACAGAACACUGUCGACAAAGACGAACGCCCCGGCAGCAGCGGUGCACCACACAAGCGAAGUGCAAGUGUUCUAAGCAGUGUCAGUGACAAGAACAAUAAACGACAGAAGAAGUAG